AGUGUUUUGUUUGAUCUAUAUAUACCAUGGAGUAUUUGGAGAACGACCUUACCAACUUUGGGCGUUUAUGCUUGCAAUCUUAUCGAUUGCAGUGUACUGUAUCAUUCAGUUUGCUGUUAAAAGGAGUACGGUGUUACUGGUAAUAUAGUUUGUUCGUGUACGUAAUGUUGUGCCAGAAGACAUGAACUACAGUAAUUCAUAUAUGUAAAAUAGUCACAAACAGUUGUAGCUGUAGUAAAUGCAUGUUAAAGCUUGAUUCCACGGGCGCUUUCUUCGGCGAAAUACGAAAAAUUUCGCACGAAAUGAAUUAGGUGCAUGCGCACGAAAGAUAAAUUAGGCUUCGCGAAUAUGAAAUCAACUUAUUUGUAUUUCAUUUUUUUUAUUACACCGCUGACCAUACAAAUGGUGGAAGACAAUCGGCCGAUGGCCGAUUGUGAAAAAACAAGCCGAUUAAUCGGUUUUGCCGAUGUUUUGCCGAUGAUCGGCUUACCUCUAAACUUUUCUACACAGGCUCGCCGGCACGACAUUACACUGGGUCCCUGUAUCAAUCUUAUGAGGUGGUAUGCUCAUUUACUUUCAAAUUUACACACCAAUCGUCCUGCAUCGCUUCAUCCGAGUUAACUGUUCCAAUAAAAAAAUGUUGGUCUUGUUCUUCAUCAGUUUUAUCAAUAAAGUUUAUCUCUUUUGCUUUACACAUACUGGCAAAAUGAUGCAACUUUUUGCAUGUAUUGCAGUUCUUACCAUAUGCUGGGCAACGUCCUCUCCUAUGUCGAUAACCACAAUAGUUACAAAUAUUAUUACCAGUUUUAUCCCUUUUCUCUUCUCUCUUUUCCUUCCAUGUAUCACUUUGACCCGCCUUAUCUUCAACCCGCACUGCAUGUACUGACUUUUCAUUUCAGAUGCCCUACAUAUAUCUACACAUUUCUCCAAGCUUUUAAAAAUCAGAUUCCUGAAGCAGACGUGCUCUUACAGAGUCAUUAGUUAUCCCACAUACAAUUCGAUCGCGAAUUAAUCCAUCUUUAAGAUCAGCAAAUUCACAUCUAGAGGAUUUAUUUCUUGGUUCAGCAACGUAUGUAUCUAUUGUCUCACCUUCCUGUUGGUUUCUUGUAAAAAACGAAUGUCUAUCAAAUGUUAAAUUCUUUCUUGGAUUACAAUAUCUUUCAAAUUUCUCCAUUGUUUUAUCAACUUCGACAUCAUCCCCUGCUGUGUCCCACUGGAAUGUAUUAUACACUGAAUGUAUUAUACAAGCAACGCCAUUGCUUGAACUUUUCCGUUCUUUUUGUCUAAACCCGAUGCUAUCAGAUAGAUUUCAAACUGCUGUUUAAACCUUCUCCAAUUUUCAGCUAAAUUUCCUGUUAAUAUCAAAGACUUAGGAGGAUCUAACUUAUCCAUAUCUAGUUUAAUUUACUCCUGACACCAUGUAAUAACUCCGAAUACAAGAUGGCGGUAUAUGACUAUAUCUGUUUAUCAUGUCUAUUAAAUUCCUCAGUCACCUUAUUUAUACUAUCUACAGCACAGGUAACCCAAACAUAUAUCAUUACAUUAAGGAGACCUAGCGCCCUCCCUGUUAUAGGCUUAACAAAAAAUCCUGUGGUUCCGGUUUCAUGUCGUGAAAAAAUCAGGGUAUAUAAUGUAGGUGGGUAAAAACAAUCUUUUUAAAAAUUUAAGGGGCUGAUUACAUGGAGAGUUUUCAGCCCGGGCUGAGUUUCAGCCCGGUUAAACGAGCUGAAAUUGCAUCACGAUUACAUGAGCAGUUUCAAUCCGGGCUGAGUUUAGUCAGAGCUAUAUUUAUCAUCAAUCCGGGCUGAAAUGUCAGCCCGGGCUGAAAUAAUCUGAGUGUCACGAAAUAGGUCAAUAAGCGUGUUACGCUUCUUUGAAGCAAUCAGACAAUGAUUAGUCCAGUAUUUGACUUGUUUGAGACUGUGGUUAUAUGUAAAGUAUUUAAAAAUUAAACAAACACGCAAAAUAAAGCCAUUUAAACGGUUGUUUUUUAGGCCGGGCUGAAAUUAUUUGCGAUUACAUGCAUGCCGGGCUGAGUUUCAGGCUGAAAUUUCAGCCCGGGUAGCUCAAACCGGGCUGAAAUUUCAGCCCGGGCUGAAACUCAGCCCGGGUUGGAAUUUUGGUCAUGUAAUCGCUUGCUGUGUUUUACUAGGAUUUUAUCCUUAGGCCGGGCUGAAAUUUCAGCCCGGGAAACCGGACUGAAACUCAGCCCGGGCUGAAAACUCUCCAUGUAAUCAGCCCCUAAGUUUGCUUGACAUUAAUCAUGAGUGUGAUCAGGAAUUGACAAUAACCUUUUAAAAAGCAAGAACUGACAACGGACGUCAUCUUUGGCCUCACGUUUUAUUAUAAAGUAAGCAAAGUAAGGUCGGUACAGUAGAUAAGCAAACAACCUCAACCACACCCAAAAUAACAGGGUGCAUGGGAAGUAAAAAAAAGCGCGGGUCAGUCGGGAAACUGGGAGUGCAGGAUUAUGAACAUGUAUCUUAUGAACUACAGGCUUGGUGAACUUGGCAGACACAUCCUGUUUAAUCGUCCUUUAAUAAGUUAUUAUUAUUUAUAGAUUCGUCUGGUUGUGGUGUUGGUUUUUGCGCCAGUUAACCUUAUCCUCUGUUUCAAAAUUUCAAUGCAACAUUAUACUUCGAAGAAUCUUAUCAUCCGAACACUGCAUUCUGCUAAUAUAAAGUUUCAAAGUAAGUUGCUCACUUUGAUCGAGGGUUUUGUUUAUCGUUUUGAUUAGAACACAGAAACAACGCGGUGGGUGCCCCUUACUGCUGAGUAGAGGCAUAAAAAACAUUGUUUGGUCCCGGUUUCAUGCUUCGGUAGGUCGGAGGAUUUUAUUCAAAUGGCUUGUCAAUAUUUUUAUUCAAUUGGUAUAGGUAACAGGAUGGAUUUCAAGUGCAACUUGAUGGUUUCAACAUGAACGAGUGUGUUUUUCAUAGAGUAACAAAAUUCUGUAGCACGAGACCGAAGGAUGAGUGCUGUUUGAGGUUUUUGAAAAUCUCACGAGUGCUUGUUUUACCCAAAUUUCACGAGAAACCAUCUUAUUACGGCUUAAUAAUAUAAAUAAAAAUGUUUCGAGACAAUUAUAAUUUUAACUUGCUUCUUACAGUGAACUGUUCACUGACACAGUUUUCAUGCUUCGUCAUUACACAUUUUAUAACAUUUGGUGCAAAAAAGCGUCUCACAUAUUGUCUGUCAUGUGUGUGAUAAAACACACACACAUUUCAAUGAAUACUGGAGUCUGGAAACGAUUUCUAUAUUUUGCCACCAAAGAAUUAUAUAAAAAUAGGGUCGGGUGUCAUGAGGUAGGAUCGCUGGGGAAACCGGAAUCGAACAUUUUUUUAGGCCUUAAUUAAACCUACUACUGAAUGUUGGUCUAUAUUUAGGCUAUUGACUUAGGCUGAGUAACUGCCUGGGAAUCCGUUGCAUUUAUUCUAUACUAUACGAUUGAAUGUUAACAAAGGACAACGUAAAUAUAGCUCGAAUAACAACCUCGUAUACUCAGCGAUCCGAGUUUGCGAAUAUGUAGUACUUGUUGUUAUUAAUUUCCUCCGUUUAACGGCCUUGAAUAAUACUAAAAGUUCCAUUUUAAAUGGAACCGUGUUUAUUAUCGUUGUCAAUUAUAUUUCAUGAUAAUAUAUUUUUUUUAGAUAUGUGUAUGAACAUGUUCAUAUUCCAAACAUUGCUAAUACUUGAAUUUGAAAUGGCGGUAUGUGCUUGCAGUAAAAUAAUGGUUUAACAUGCAAAGAUACAUGACAGUGUAGUAGUGUGCAAUCUUACAAUAUCUAGCAAUAAACCUACACUCAGUAUUUAAAAAUAAUUAAAAUAGAGUUAUCCGGGAGAGGGUGUAAAAAUGCCGCGAUCAGAACCACUAAGAAGGCGGGGAUAUAGCAAAUCGCUCACGCGCUCUUAACCAGUCAUGCUGUACAUAUAGCAACCCUUAGUGAUGCACCGAUAUGGGAAUUUAACGAUAUUCCGAUACUGAUAUUCUAUUUCACUUCGAAAUAACCUUUGGGCUUGGAAAAUUCAUCGGUUGAGACUGGCCAAUGAUGUAACCCUUUAAGUGGCAAUGCGCCCUGAUGCGCGCUCCUUUAUUAUUUUACCCUGUCGAACGCCAGACGAUUUUGCUUGUCAAAUAUGUUUUAUAGAUUUAUUAUAAUAUACAAUAUCGGAAAUGUCGGCAACAAAAGCUACCAAUAUCUAGAGCCGAUAUACUGAUAUGGAUAUCGCGGCACAGAACUAGUAACGAAUUGAGAUGUUGUAAAUAUUGACCUAGUCGCUUCUUAUGUUUGUGCCAUUCUCGCAUUUUACUCCCCUUUUCAGGUUUGGGACUAAUCCAAGAGCCCUCAUAUAUACAGAAACGCUGUCUAUACUGUUUGGGAAUUAUGAUCAUGGAGUACUCAGGAGAAAAUUGUACUUCACGUCCGUAUCUUCGUAUAGCCCUAGCUGUGGGUUCUCUUAUGAUUAUUAUUACCGUAAAUUAUGAGAGUUUGCUUUUAUGAAUGAGGUUAGGUUUAGUGCUAAGUGGGAUCACUCAAGUUUCAAAAUUCUACGCAAUGAUGACCAUACACCCCUCCCUUUUUGGAGGAGAGGAAUAAGUUAUUAAACUUCCCCUCCCCCACUUCCCUCUUCUCAACAAAGAUAUAAACCAAAUUAGAUUUAUAUUGAUUGACCUGAAAAUUCACAUUAAUUUAUCACAUUUUCUAUUUAACGCGCAUUGUUGCAAUGAGCCCGGCCCUCUCAAACAAAAUUCCCCUCCCUCGAUUACAGGGUUGAAUAAAACUAUUUUCUUCCUGGGAGCACAACCUAUAGAGAUAAAAAUUUUCUCCAAACCUGUUCCUGCUGUAUAUAUAUAGUGUCAUAGUUGCAUGACCAUGGUUUUAAAUUCAAGGGAUGGUUUCCACCCCUGCCCUAUAUGUAGCUCAAUUAUGACUGAAAUAAGCUCCCCAGGAUGUUACCGAAAUAUAUUAUUUACGGUAACUCAAAUUUCUUGUUUCAAAACUGUAGCUCAGUUUGAUCGUGUUGGUCCUGACUUCUGGUCUGGAGAAAGUAAACCCUGGAGAAUAUGUCGUUCUUUUUGUUGGAAUAUUUGUGGGAAUAAUCUGGCUUAUCGUUGGUUACCUUGUGGUAGGUUAAACAUGUUGAUAUUUGUGUAAACAUGUUGAUGUUUACAGCCUUUUAGAGUUGUAUUUCGCCCCAUGAGCCAAACAGAACUCAUGGAAAGUAGUACUUCGAGCAAGUCAAGAAAGCUACAGCAUAUCAUUUUCGGGCCUUUCUCAAAACAACCUAUACUGCAAAUAACGGUCCUGCUUAUAGGCAUCUGUAUCACUAUUUAACGGGACCUUUUAUAUGAUUCUUGUACACGAAACAAUGUAUAGAAGUUAGACCAAAUAAUUAUAAGCAUAAUGUAAUAUUUUAAGCAUAAAUUUGUCAGAAAAAAAAUUGAAAGCAUGAAAAUUAUAAAAUGAAAAGUGUACAAAAAGUCAAGAAAGUGAUGCCAGAUAAAUGGACAAUUGGACGUCAGUUCUCAAACCUCGCGAAACGUCCAGGACAACUAGGACUAAUUUAGGGGCCGUUCACAUAAUCCCGCUUGGCCAGGACGAGAUGUGAGAUGGGAUAAUUUUUGUGUAUUGAAAUAAGUCACCGUUCAUGAUUCAGCAAAACUGCAUUAUUUUCCUAGUGAUAGAUUGCAGUAUAUAAUUGCAAAUGAAAGGUUAUUCAAGCGGCAGCAAUUACACUGGCGAGAAGAACUCAUGAUUCAAGAAGAUAUUUCAGUUUCUUUAACUGGCGUACGAAUUUUCGUUGAAGCCCAAUGACCUAUUUCAAUACAACAAAAUUAUCCCGCCUUCCAUUCCGUCCCAGUUAAAGAUCCCGGCAAACUGGCAUCAUGUAAAUAUACCUGUAGCUCCUUUGUCAGUUACAACAAAUACCAGCUGUGACAUGUCGAUACACACAGAUUGAAGGUAUACCGUAGGUUUGUUUGUUGAGAACCAAGGAUUUUCUGACUUACUGCAAGUUACUGUAGAUCCACCAGCUCAUCUUGCUAAUCUCGUAAUCCAUUAUUCUUUGUUUAGCCAAAAUACGAACAGAAGACAUGGGUAUAUGUUUUCUUAAUUUUCAGUCUUCCUCAGCCAGCUUAUGUUUUAUACAAGAUUAUCCAGGUAAUGACCAAGCUCCUUUAGCUACCAGAUAGAAUCCAUUUCUUAUAUUUGUAUUUUCUGUUAGAAAUCUCCAAUAUACAGCUGUACCAGUUCUAAAUUUGCGAGAUGCGCAAGUCCAGCCCUUUUCUUACAAAUAUACACAGACUCAAAUUAGGAGGGACUGAGCCCCUAAUAUUUUGCCGAUUGCAUAAUCAUAGCCUGGAAAUAUCCUUAGAACUGUAAUGUUGAAAUGAUAUUAUAAUGAUUUUAUUAAUCUGUAAUUCAUUACUGUGAUCCUAACAUUAGAUCAUUGCUCUAGUCGGAAUUUCGUAGGUCAAGUCAAUUCUUUUCUUCAAAAAAUACUCAUUGAAGAAUUCAUUUGCUAGAGCGAAAAAUGAAUAUUGGAACUUUCCAUGUUCAUCUUUUUAUACCCGCGACUCCUUAUCACCCCACGGCUUGUCACAACACUCCUCGUGAGAGCUCCCCCUGUCAGCAUUUCUGGACCAUACCACAGCUGCUGUGGAAUCAGCGCUUCCCUCACAUUUACAUGCAGUAGUGGACGCUGAGGUUUUUUAUUGAAUUUUUUUCCACUGACCUGAAUAACAUAUUUAUCAAUCAUAUUUACAUUCAAGCUUUUAGGCCUAAGUGUAAUAAGUAUGCAAUGACACUGCUGAGGAAGCUCAAUGGAAAGGGAGAAAGAAAUAAAGCUUAUGAAGUUUUAGACUCCCUUGUUAACAAAGCAUAUAUAUAGCUAUUCUUGGAUGUACCUGCAUUGAGUCCGAGCAGGAAGCCUUCAAAUGUUCGGGGACCCUUUAGUUACUUUGCUAUAUAUUUAGGUAUUAAAUUAAUAUCAUUUUAGUCAAUUUUUCACGAUAAUCAAAUUUUUUUAAUUAGCACAAUUGUGCAUUUGAGGAUAAAUUUGAGCAGCUGUGCAAUUCAUUUUUAAUUGCACGUUUCCGCGCCCGCGACAAUUCCGGACACCCAUCACAGGAACAAAAGCGGUCCCUGAAAUCGCAUAUACAUGGUAAAUCUUUAAAAACCAUUCAAUUAACCAUUAAUAGAAAUUUAAAAUUUUUUGUGUGCAUAAUGUCAGUGCAGAAAUACAAGCACAAAAUUUAAAUAAAUAAUGUGCUUUUUAUAUGCAAUACUGCAUUUCGCAGUAAAGAUGACAAAGAUGAAAAACAAUUGAAAAUACGAAACUACUCUUAAUUUUCAGUCCUCGCAAUUUUGCUAAAUUCUCGUCGGUAAAAAAUUGCCGUCGAUAUUUUACAGCGUCGAUACUUUACAGUUCAGCGACAUUCGAACUUCAAGAAUAGAGUAUAUUUGUACCGCUACGGCGCCUAGAUCAACGUCGUAAAACGCAACUAAUAAGCAGAAUAAUAAAAAAGUUAACUCAACCAUAUGUAUACCCAGCUGUUGAUAAACAUAGCAGCAAAAUUUUUAGAAGAAUCAAUUGAAUUCAAGAAGGUACAGUAGUGUCUACAAAAAUCGUCGCCCAAGAAUUGCAGUCGCAGAAUUGCUUUAUUUUUGGCGGCAUUAAUUUAUGGCUUUAUUUUCGGCGGCUCCCUUGAAUGUUGAAUUAUAUUUGAAUUAAUAGACAUUAGACAUUAGUGAUGUACAUUACAAUUUUACAUUCUCACAUUAACUUGAUUUAGACUGGGAUGGACUGGAAUAAGCAAAGCAACACAAUCAAUGUAUCCAUCAUUGCUUGCGGUAAGAUAUAUUUAUUUAAUAUUUUCAUAACUUUAAAUUCAAUGGGAAAAGUUUGUGAGUGACUGAUAAUAUAUAGUUCAUUCACUAAAGCAUUUUUCUUAUCCGUUAUUCUGUUAUGUAUAUGCCUUUGAGACCGAUUGUUCGUCAUGCUUAGCCUUUACCCUUUAUAAGCUUACGAUGAUAGCUAAAAAGAGGUGAGGAUGUGAGGAUGCAUAGGUUAUAGAUGGGUUUCCUAAGCAGUAUUCUGGAUGGUGGUCAACCAUCUGCUGAUCUGGUAUUUGGUGGCAAGUAGUUCAAUUUAGUUGCACCCUGCAAUGCAUGUAUGAAAACAUGGUCUGUAAAUUCCUGGUAUAGUUAUAAUACAGAAUAGGAGGUCCACAUUUGUACAGUAGCUAGCAAAUAAUAUAAUGUCUCUUUCUCAUUUUAACCAGCCUGUUUAUUUUUGAUGACACGAUGUUUGGUUUCCUUUUAUUUGUGGACUGUUGUGAGUAAUUUUGGGAAAGGAUUGCGUGAGGCAGGUAAUAUACAAUCACUAAACUAUUUCAUUAUCGAAACAUGCUGUCUGCACCUGUUCCAUAUUCCUGGGCAAACCAGGAAGUAUUGUUUCUUGGCCAUUUUUAUGAAACCGGACAAACGGGAAAACAUGGUUUCAUGCAUGCAUGUACAUCAAAAAUUGCACUUGCGAAACAAAAUAUGUUUCAAUCUGAAUGAUUUAAGUCAAUUACUUCCUAGGAAGCAAAGUUGCUUUCUUGAGGUUUCUAGACCGCCGCUCUACAACAGGUAGGCAAUUUGUCUGCGCAUGCGCGCAGAAAAUCAAUAUGGCGACAUAUAUCAGGAGUGUUUCGAGGAUUUAUCUGGUUUUAAAGCUGAUAAAACAACAUUUUAAUGAACGGAAACUUUGUAAUAUUUCGUGGAAAACAUUAAGCUGUGCAUUCCAAAGGUUUUAAAUAAAAAUAAGUACUUUUGCUUUAUUUUAUUGCUUUUUAUGCUUUGAAAACAGGCAAGCUCAUAUUUUUUGAAAAAAAUUUAUCUAAUAUUUUACCCAUUAUUUGUUUAAUCUGAACAAAAAUAGAUAGAACACUUGGCUAUAUAAGCUAUAAAGGUGUUGUUAGCUGAUCUGAAAGAUUUCAGUAUUCCAGGUACACAUUUUAACAAAGAAUAAAAUUAAUAUAUAUAUAUAUAAAAAACAAUGGUUUUUAUUAGAACAACACAGAAUAAGUUGUUAUUUUCUAUUUUUACAAAAAACAAGUUUGAAAACAGGAUCUAGUCCUCCAGCUUGAUGUCAUAUUCUAUUUAUUUGGAUAUUUGAAUAAAGGAAUGUGAAAUAAUAAUUGAAACUUGUCCAAAAUUUGAUACCAACACUGGAAUGAACAGAUACUAUCACCCAAAAAUAAAAGAAAACAGAACUUAAAUUUAUCAUAUAAUGCUAUGAAAAAAUCUUAGAUACUACAAGCAUAUAGUGAACACAACUCUUUAACAAAUUCACUAAAAUAAGUUAAGUUAUGCUACGAUAAGAGGAUGGCAAUAUAUGACAACAUCAAAUGUUACCAUCUUCAGUGUCCAAAAAAAGUGCCGCGCGCAUUUUUCGUGGUCGCAUAACUGGCAUUGCCACAAACCCAGGUGAAAAAGCAAUUAGAAAAACCUGGUUUUGGGUGAUGAGCAUAGUCAAUUUCUUGACUUAUUCAAUUUUCUAAGUUUUUCCAGGUAAACAGGUUCAACAUUGAAAUAAGCCCCAUUCGGGAUCUCAUAGGGUCCAAAAUAUUGUGUAUGGAUCAGAUUUUUUUCAAUUUUCUGUGAUUUACAUAACACUAGUUAUAAUUUAAGGGUCAACCAGUAUUGUUCAAGACAUAUUUUCCUUCCAGAACACCUUUUCAAAAUACUAACCCAAGCAUGUCAAAAAUAGUGUACAUUUACAAGGGCAAUUCCAAUCCUUUGGCACAUUUUUCCCAUGAAUGAUUUUAAUUCUAAUAUAAAGACUAUAGAUAAAACUUUGAUUUAAAGCUAGUUUCAAGUGAUGAGCAUACCCUAAAUUUUAAGCUAUACCUCAAAGAAGAUAGGUCAUUUCAACAUAAACAUUGAAAUAUGGGUAUACUGGCAGCUCUGUCACACGUGUAGUUGACAAUAACAGACCUUCUGAAACAUUUUAAUGAAAGUAUAAUUCACAAAGUUCACAUUUUCACUUACUUCUUAACAUCUGUUUUAAUCCAACUAGCUCUGUAGGCACCAGCAAAAUUUAGUGUUGAUGUAAAUAUCCAUUUUGUUCAUGUUUCCCCGGUGAAAAUACAGUCUAUUCCAAAGCUGAUUUCGACGUACUUUGGCUUUUCAGAAACCGUUGGCCUUCUUCAGUGAAAUUAUUAACUGUUUCACAAACAUAUUUGAUAGUAAACAGCUAAAAUAUUCUUCGAAAGUCUAUAUUUUUGCUCUUCGACGCGAAAAUGGAAACUCAAAGAAGAAAUGAGCCGCUAUUUUUGGUCAGCGUCGACAAAUUGCCUACCUGUUCCGCUCUACCCAUUGUCAUUGAGCUAUCGAGUCAACGGGGAUUGGUAGCGAGUCUUAUCUAAGUCGAAUAUUUUCGCCAAGACUUAACGCGCAGUAUUUCAAAUCUGUUUCAGAACUAUCCUCCGAGAUAUGAAAAACUUAGUUUUAUAUAUUCUGACACUACAGAAUGAUAUGUAUUGAGAAUCAGCGGCGGUCUAGAAACCCGAAGAUGCGAGUUCGAAUCAUGUUCGAGACAACGAAUUUUUCGUUUACAAAAGUUUGUUUCCCUCAAAUUGUUUCUGAAGAUGGGCAAAUAGGGAAACUUCAAAGACAUAUUGAAGUUUUCAAAUGAUGACCCACAACAAUGUUUCCUAUAGUUUGCAAAGGGAAUAUAUAGACAUCUACCGUCUACCAUGGAUAGGAAUAUAAAUAUGCACUUCAUGUGUCUGUGAACACAGCCUAAAGAUAAAAUUCAGUUAAUUGUCUACCUAAUAAUUUUGAAAACGUUUUGCAUGUGAUUGGCUUUCUGAAACAAAAGGGAUCAUCAAUGUUUAUGACUCGUUCUUUACGAUAUUGGAAAUCUAUAGUUUAUUUAUUGUUCUAUAUAUUGUCAUAAUUGAAUUUCAUGCAGUCCUGAAAUGUACGCUUGUGCGAAAUUUCCAUAAUUCCCAUGCAUAACUUAUAGUGAGCAUAUAUAGUUUUAAAAUUAAGGAAGUAUUGUUUUGUAUAUAGUAUACUACUAUACGUAUGUUAGUUACUUUCUUCGAAUUUUUAAAAUUUUCAACUUUAAAAUAUUUUAGCGCUUGCCUACGUUUUCGCCCAUGCAUGCUAACAUCAAAUUUUGCUAGUUAAGUUUGUAAUGAUAUUUUUAGUGUACUUUCCUGAAGAACAAAAAGAGGCGCAUGGAGAAGUCCGAAAAACACCAUCACCACCACAUGAUGAACCUGAUGAUGAUUACCUCGGCGAAAAUGUCAAUUACGACAUUCACGAAUGAGUUUAUGACCUUCAUGACUGAGUUUCUCGUUAUUCUCGUCGUCUAAAUCAAUUAUGACAAUCAUGACUAUCACCGUCACAGUAUAUAGGGUAAUAUAUAUGGUGGACACCAACGCAAGGACAAACAAUUACGGCCUAACAAACUCACUGACCUAUAUCAUUGUGUGGAAAUCCUGUCUUGUGUGUAAUACAAUUUCAAAGACAUUGCAUUGCACCGUUGAGAAGAACUCUGCUCAAGCCUGUUAUGAAAUGCUAGUGUCGUGUACAACAUGAUGUAAGCUUGAUAAUAGAUGUUUUGUCUAUGGUGAGGCGGUUCCGAUGAGAAACCGAAAACCAUCCGAAAAAACUCCCAAAAAAACAGAGUGAAUCGUUUUUUUAAAACACAUUUGAAAAUACAUUUGAAAACAUGCUACUCGCUUUUUCUGUUAACCGCCUUACCUUAAUUUUGCCAUUGUAAACAGAGCCUAGAUGACGUCUUAAACUUCCAAAACGCUUUCAAUUAUUAAUUUCUUUUGGACUAUAUGAAUUUCAUUGUGUUGAUAACCGUCGUCCUUAAGUUGGCGUCUUCCAUAUCUUAAACUCCCUAAUGUAACGUACAACGUAUAAUGCACACAAUGCACAUACAGCAAAGCUUACAACACUAUGAGCAUGUAGAAAAUUGUAUUUGUAGAUUUUAUUUAUUAGGAAAUUAAAAAUAAAUCCGGAUCUAUUACGGUCGCGUUGCCCGCGCGGGGACGCACUUUAAUAUUUUGGGCACACCCUUUCAAUAACGAAAAAAUGGCUCCUUGUUCUCACAAAUAGUAAGCGAAUAACCUUUUGUUAAGAUUCAUGAAAGUGAGCCCCAAUGCCAAGGAAGUAUUCAUGACGUAAUUAUCGAAAAGGUGUAUUAUUAUUUUUGUAUUGUUUAUCUUGAAUGAACUGAUCGUAACUCCAGACUCUUCGCAUGCUACAAAUAUAUAAGUUAGAGUUAUAAACCGAGUAGGAGGUUUAUAACUGAUAUAUUGCCCCCGAGGACGCGUAGCGUUCGAGUAAUAUGGCGCAACGCGUCCAAAUUUUUUUCAUAUUGACUCUUUGACGUCAUUUUGCUAAUAUGAAUGUGAAAAAUCCGUAUUUGGUUAGCCAUAGAGUUGAUAUGACAAUUUCACAGUUGGCUGUUAGCCAAUCAGCAACCAGGAAUUUUUUAAAUAAAUAAUAAAAUCAUUUAUUCAAGGUCUAUAAGCUAGUUAUAAACCUCGGACGAUCAAAGAAAACCGACACAAAUGUGAUAUAAUCGUGUUUACACUACAAGCCUUGACCUGGCCUUGGCCAGACCAAGGUAAAUGUGGCGCAUUUACACCAUUACACUGUUUUUUUGAGACUGCAUGACUCACUUUGGCCUAGAAUGUUGUAAUUAAUUUUGUGUAUUUUUAUGGGUUGUGACGUCCGCUAAUCUCUCACUGUGGACACACGUUACCGUGAAAAUAAGGCCAGGGCCGAAAGUGUUUACAGUUCCACAAGCCUAGGCCACCGGUUGUAAUGGGCCCAGAUUUCCUGGCCAAGGCUAGGCCAAAGUCUGUUUACACUGUCAAAAUGUAGGCCAAGGCUGGUAGUGUAAACACGACUUAUGACUUAAAUCCCAGGCUCGAGCUAUAUAACCGACUUAUUUUUUGGGGGCCCACAGUAAUUGAUACCAUACUGUUGUGGUGACCCUGCCAUGAAUGCAUGACAAUGGCG